CAUCAGCACCGGCACCAGAAUCGGCAUCAACAGCGGCCCCGGGAUCAGCACCGGCCCCGGCCCCGACACCAUCCUCGGUACCGACACCAACACCCCCGCCGGUGUCGCCGGGGCCACCAGCCGGGUCACUGUCCCACUCCCUCGGCACCUGAGCCCAAGGACACCGAGGGGACCUGGGCUUGUCCUCCCCGUGAUUCCCAGCGGGACACAGGUUGGAGCCAGAGGGGACCCAUCCAGGAGCAAUCCCUGUGUCCCGUGGGGUCCCUCCCUAGGCCAGGGAGUGGAGCAGGACCCUGGGCACAGGGGACACGUGGCACCAGGCCAGGCUGGAGGGUGCCCGGGUUAACAUGACCGAGGUGGAGCCUGUGCUGGACUUCGCAUCCUCCGGGAGGACGGGCCGGCGCAAUGCCCUGCCCGACAUCCUGGGCUCGCCCGCCGGCGUCAGCCCCGCUGACCUGCCCCUCAAACUGGCUGAGAUGUCCCUGAGUGCAGGCAGCCCCCAGGAGAUGCAGUCGCCCUCGGCGGAGGUGCCCCCUCCGCAGCCGCCCAGCCCCGAGCUGAAGGACACGUCCUAACCCCGCCCCGGGGGGACUUUGCUGACCAGCGGAGGGAGGAGGGGGCUGCGGGGCACCAGCCCAGCUUUCCUGGCACGGCCGGAGUCCGCUGGGAUUCCCUCGGUGCUGCCGCAGCCCAGACCCUGGAGUGCCACCCCCGCCACGGGGGAGCGGCGGGCGCGGUGGGGACGCGGUGGGGACCUGCCGUGACAAAGGGGCGAUUCCCACCCACGCCCUGGGCCAGGAC